CCUUCUGCGCAAGGUCCUUCUGCGGUGCGAGCGACGUCGGGCUACGCGGACAGUGACGGCUUUUUAGAAAGACCAGCCAUGGCAGAGGUUCAGCAGCUGUCAACAGCCCCCUUCGACCCGCGCUUUCCUAACCAGAACCAGACCAGGCACUGCUAUUCGUCGUUCGUAGACUAUCAUCGCUGCAUCAAGAAGAAGGGCGAGGACUACGCGCCGUGCGAAUACUUUAAGAAGACGUACAAGUCCCUCUGCCCCAACUCGUGGGUGGAGAAAUGGAACGAUCAGUUGGAAAACGGCACGUUCCCCGGGAAAAUCUAGCUGGUGGAACCGCCGGAGCCGGUGGGAGUGAAUGAUCCCUGUCAUGUCGCGCCGUCGCUGUCGCCGUCGCCGGACCUGUACGGGGCCGCCAUCGCGCAGAAUAAAGGGGUUCGCGAAGACGCUCCGUGAUGUAGGCAGAUGAAAAGUGGUAAACAUGUGCGCGUGGUGUACACCAAAUAAAUUAUGUAAACAUUC